AGGAACGGAGCAUAUAACAUAACACAACAAACAAAAUAAUUUUUCUAAAAUCUCCCAAAGCCCAAAUAUUUCGCCACUCAACGCCCACACUGUCACCCACACACACACACACACGCCCUUUUGGCCUUUGCUGCCCUCUUUUGCUGUCUUCCUCCAUUUCUUCUCCUUCUUCUUCUUCAAACUUUGUACUCUCCGACGACCCGAAAACCCACAAUUCUAACCCCGCCCACAUGUCUCUAGAAUGACCCGAACCCGGCUCCUCUCCUCCGAACCCGACCCAGACACCAACCGCUCCAAACCCACCGGCGGCGGGGGAGUCACCACCGCCAUGAGAGUUAUUGUCCCUCUACAGGGCGUGGUUCAAGGCAGAGGAGGCCUCGUUUUGGGCUCCGUCAUCCCAUGCGCUCUCUUCUAUUUCCUCCAGCUAUACUUGAAACGAUACCGCUCGAACCCGAACCCGCCCACGCCUCCGCCUUCUCCCGACUCCGAGCCGGCUGGGCAGUUGGUGGAACUACCCGUUCUGCCACGGUCCCUGUCUCGGACCCUCCUCUCCCCAAGAUGUCCCGGAGGACCCGUUUACGUUUCGGCUCGGGCCAAUUCGGUUUUGAAAGGUGGCCAGUCGCCGUACGAGGUUGGGUUGAGGAAGGUAUCGGAGGAUCCGUAUGACGAGUUGGGCAAUCCGGAUGGGGUCAUUCAGCUGGGUUUGGAUGAAAAUAAGCUAUCGUUGGACUUGGUUCGAGAUUGGCUUGUGGAGAAUGCAGAGGACGCAAUUUUGGGUGGCUGGGAGCUGGGCAUAAGUGGGAUUGCUUGCUGCCAGCCUUUUGAUGGCUUGAUAGAGUUGAAAGUGGCUGUCGCAGGAUUCAUGUCUCAAGUCAUGAAAAAUUCAGUUUCCUUCAACCCCUCACAAAUAGUAUUGACAGCUGGUGCCACUGCUGCCAUUGAGAUACUAAGCUUCUGCCUAGCAGACAGUGGAAAUGCAUUUCUUGUUCCUGCACCAUAUUACCCUGGUUUGGACAAAGAUGUAAAGUGGCGAACUGGAGUCGAAAUAAUAACUGUUCCAUGCCGUAGUGCUGACAAAUUCAAUUUGAGUGUAACUGCUCUUGACCGGGCAUUCAACCAGGCAAAGAAACGCGGGUUAAAAGUUCGAGGGAUUAUAAUUUCAAAUCCUUCAAAUCCUGUUGGCACUUUGUUUAGUCGUGAAUCACUUUACAACCUCCUAGACUUUGCCCGGGAGAAGAACAUACAUAUAAUCUCGAAUGAGCUGUUUGCUGGAUCCACACAUGGAAGUGAAGAGUUUGUAAGCAUGGCAGAAAUCGUUGAAUUGGAGGAUCUUGACCAGAACAGAGUACAUAUAGUAUAUGGUCUAUCUAAAGACCUCUCUCUUCCAGGUUUUAGGGCGGGUGUUAUCUACUCCUUUAACAAGAAUGUGCUGGCUGCUGCUAAAAGGUUAACAAGGUUCUCGUCCAUUUCCGCUCCAUCCCAACAGUUGCUCAUCUCUAUGCUUUCAGACACCAAAUUUAUCCAAAAGUUUAUUGAUGCCAAUAGAGAGAGACUUCGAGGAAUGCACCUUAAAUUUCUGACAGGGUUGAAGCAAUUGGGCAUUGAGUGCACAAAGAGCAAUGGGGGUUUCAACUGUUGGGCUGACAUGAGUGGGUUAAUCCGCUCUUACAAUGAGAAAGGGGAGCUUGAGCUCUGGGAUAGGUUGUUGAAUGUAGCUAAGGUAAAUGUAACUCCCGGAUCUUCAUGUCAUUGUAUUGAACCCGGAUGGUUCCGGUUUUGUCUUUCGACAUUGACUGAAAAAGAUAUUCCUGUUGUUAUGGAUCGAAUUCGGAAAAUUUCCGAAACCUGUAAAUUACAAAGUUGAAAUAUUGUUCAUUCGUUCUCCA